CACCUGUCAUUGCCAUGCCGUAAACGGCCCUUGCCCACCACCAGUUGCUCGAGGGCCUCCAUUGUGACAGUUGAGUGUUGUCUUGUGACGUGACGACGACCUGACAGACAUGUCGGUGAUCCGAAUGAUAGAACCGCCCGUGGCGCCCACCACCGAAGAGGUGUGGCAUGCAUUAGUUGAAGUUCUUGGGCCCCGUGUCAUGUCGAUGUAUGAGCUGAAACAAAUUAAUGGACAGCGCAAGUUGUAUCAGCCGCGCCUCAGCGGGACGCCUCCCCCCGUCGAGGGAUGCGAAGUGUUCGUGGGACGUCUCCCAAGAGACCUGUACGAGGACGAGCUUGUGCCCCCGUUCCUCCAGAUCGGGCCCAUCUAUGAAGUGCGGAUGAUGAUGAACUUUUCCGGAACCAACAGAGGGUUCGCCUUCAUCACUUAUUUUGAUAGGGAGACUGCUAAGAAGGCCAUACGUAAAUUGGACAACUUCCCAAUCCGAUGGGGUCAAGCAAUCGGAGUGUUGGCGUCCAUCAAUAACAAGAGGCUUUAUUUUGGAAAUUUGCCCAAUUUUAAAGAACUCAGAUCAAAACUCUACACUUUCCUGAAGGAAAACACAGAGGGUGUACAUCAAUUACACCUGCGGACUCAUGAUAAGGGUACCGCUAAUGCCAUUGUGACCUACUCAUCUCACAGGGCGGCAGCUAUGGCCAGACGAGCUUUGAUACCUGUCAAAGAUUUUGUGUUUGGGCCACGCGCCAUCAUUGAUUGGGCUGACCCAGCUCUGUAGAACUUCAUCUCAAGUUCUGUUGUAGAACUUUAUCUCAAGUUCUGUUGUAGAACUUUAUCUCAAGUUCUGUUAAAUUCUUUUCCUUAGAGUUCUUUGAUAGAAUUUUAGAGGAGACCUUUUUAAUUUUUACUCUUGGUGUUUUAAUUUUUAACUACUUUUUACUUAAUCGUGUUUUGACAUGUCAAUUUCUGUCAUUUAGAAUUAUAGAAUCAGAAUAGUAAAUGCCAUCAUUUAUUUUUGGUA